GCUAGAUCCUCACAUUGACCGCAAAACCAUGUAGCAAUUAAUAUUCUGUAUGAUAAACGAGAGAUCCAAUGUCCCAUGAUCCAUCUGCCAGCCAGUUUUCCCAUAAAUACCUCGUCGUCUUCCUUACGGGAAAAUCAUUGAAUCAAAUAUAUAUUUAAAAAAAAAAGUAGCUCCAAGAAAGACAAAAACAGAGAUCAAAUUAAAAUUAAAGAAAAAAAUCUGAGUGGAGAUCAAAUUCUUAGAAUCAUGAUGAUGGUCGCACAAAUAUGCCUACCAAUUAUGGGGAGGUUACUCUUACGAGCGGAUUGAGAUAAUUGAUAAUAAAAAAAGUAAAGAAUAAAUUAAAAAGAUUUACGUGGUUUAUUAUACAAUAUGCGUUAGCUAGUUUUACGAGCAUGAGAGAGAUAGUUUUACUAUACUUGAGAAAAUUACUUAUUACAUAACGAUACGAGAAAAAUAUAUAGUACUUCUCGAAAUUGCCUGACCCUAAUCCAAUAUGGUAAAAGAUAAAGGUUAGAGAGACCAGUGACACCCCAUGAGUUCCAGAGUCAACGACGGAGUAUACGAUUCAAAUCAUAUGAACAAUUCCCUAAAUUACCAUUACAUAGUGAACACGAUGAGGAUAUAUAGAAGAUGAGAGGGAAAGGAGCUCAUUUUGACACUUACUUCGACUGGUUGUUCAUGCGAAGAGAGACCGUUUUGUGAGAUAUUAAUUGGCUGUUUGGACAUAUGAAUCGAUUUGACUUACUUGGAAAUGGAAUCUUAAGUCGACCUUCGUGGAUAGAAAUUAGUACUCUCUCAAUGGAACUCUUUCUCUUGUUCCCUUUCUCUCUUGCUUCUUGGCCGGAUAUAGAAAUCCAUUUAGUUGAAUUGGCCGGAUAUGGAUCCGAUUUCAGAAAACCACCGGCGAUACCAGCUGUCGGCGGGUGGAGAUAUCUCUGCCCUUAUCUGCCUUGGACUUUUGUGCGACAUAAAUGGACUAGUAAGUUUUCCCUCUUUCACACUUUGCUACUAUACUAUCUUUAGUAUGAAUAGCAACUCCUAUCCAUCCAUUUAUGAACAUCAAGGUUUGAUAGAUUUAUUGACCCGGUGUUGCAUUUCACGACGAGAUAUUUGGGUCAUCCUGCUUCUAUUCAUUAUUGCUUUACAAGAAAUUUCAUUCAUAUGGCAACCGCAGACUAAUCAAUUUCUUUAUUCUGUUAUUCAGAUUCUCAAAGUAUUAGAAUUGACCAUACUUUUAAAACGAUUUAUAUUUUAGUGUUAAGUCAAAUUCAACAAUGGGUUUAAUUUUUUUUUUUUUUCUAAUACACAUUGAAAUGAACACAUACAUUUUGUCAAGGGACUAGCUCUCUUCAAUAUUCUAGUGGAACCUUCUUCUUCACAAUAAAUACAUCAAACAACAUUUCUAAUGGAACCCAUUUUCCAUUCCGGUUCCCACUAUAUGCUAACAUGGCACCCAUGUUCUCCCGUAAUAUUUUUUUUGUUUAGUUUAUUCUUUGGCCUAAUAAUUUGGUCUUAAUUACGUUGUUUAAUAACAAAACAACACUCCACCCCACUCCUUAAAUCAUCAUCAUGCCCUAAAAAAAAAUACAAUACAAAUCAAAAUCCCUUGGAUUCCACUUCUCCAAAUUACAUCACGAAAGUUCCACACACAAUCAACCAACUUGGCUCACUCACUCACUCACUAUAAUGAUAAAAGUUUGGCCUAGCUAGCUUCCAUCUUUCUCUAACUUAUUUAGUUGUAAGAAUCCAAAAAAAAAAAGAACCAAAUUUUUCUUUCUUAUUUUGACUAUAUAUUGGAACAAACUUUCCAUAUUUGUUAUUGAGGUGUGCAUGUUCUAGUUAGUAGUUACUCAUUUUUGUUCAUAUUUGCUUUAAGUAGUACACAACCCAUUUUAGCAUAUUUACUUGUGUACACACACAAACCCAAUUAAGCCAACAUUACAAUCUCAUUUUAGGAUGGGUGUGAACUCAUCAUACAAAAAGUUUCAUUAUUAAUCAUGACACAAAAAUGCAUGAUAUAUCACAUCACCGUUUGCACAUAUAGUAAAAACAAUAAACAAUUUCUACAAAAUCUAUUCGUUCGAGUAGUACCCGAAAACCUUUUAUACCACACACCGCUAUUUGGUCCGGGUUUUUUGGUUUUAUCCAAAACCAGACCGUAUAACCCGGACCGAAACCGGAUAGUAAACAUUCCAAUCCAAUUUUUGGGCUUAGAUUUGAGGUAAAAAACAGUUCGGGACCGGAUCGAAAACUGGAUAAAGACCGGAUAAGAGAGCUCAACACCCAAAACUUAAGGGUAAUUUGCAUAAACGGUCACAAACCUUUGCACUUAGUACGAAACUUAACCAACUCCUCGCCCUUUCAGGCCUUAGGCCACUCAAAUCCCCACUAGCUCAAUAUAAAAUCAACACUGAAUUGGGACCAGACCGGGUCAAGACCGGACUGUAUCCAAUCCAAUUAUUGGUCCUUAUAUUUUCAAAAAACUGGACCAAAUCAAUUUGGACCAAUUUAACCGGGCCGGAUCGUAUAGCCACCCCUAUCCCAACAUAUUUAUCAAGAGUUCAAGAGUUUGUAAUAACAAACAAACAAAUGUUAACAUAUGACCUAAUAGAGUUCCUCUAUGGAAUUUAGUGAAAAUGAAUCAAAUCCUCACAACCAAAACCAAGUAUUUUAUUCUUCUAAGUACCCUUCAAAAAAACCAAAACAACAAAUUUGGAGCACAAAUAGGGAAAAUUUAUAUUCCAUUUUGUCCUCUGGGCCGACGGCCCGUCCUUUGUUUUUUAACGCGUUCACGCGUUUUACAGUUUUACUUGUCGUCGUCUUCCUUUUCUCCUUUCAAGCUAUAUAUAUCCCUCCACUUCUCUUUCCCUUUCUUUAACAGGUGCAGGAAAAAGAAAAAAAAAUCCACCUCUCAAAUUGGAAAACAAAAAAUCCCCAAUUUUUCCGCCAUUGUUAACUCUGCAUCUGCUUAAUUCCCUUCCCUUUCCCACCCAUCAAGAUUUCUUCCCGCAAUCCAGCAGAUCGACGAGCCAGGCACCAACCCGACGGCGACUUCGGCGGUGGCGGCGGAGGAGGAGGAGGAAAGGAAGGAUAAGAGGAGUCAAGUCUUUCUUUAGGUAUGCCGUCGCUUGAGGAGCAGCUGUUUCCAUCGACGCCGGGGAAGUUCAAGAUCGACCGGAGCAGCCAUCAUCACGCGAUGAACCGGCAGUUCCACCGCUGCUUCUCCUCCACCAGCACGAUGUUCCUGUGGGCGCUCUUCUUGAUCGCCCUGACGGCGUCGUACCUCAGCUUCCAGAGCUUCGUCGAUUCCGGGAGCAAGUACUUCACCGCCUCGUGGGGCGGGAUCCAGUGGGAGAAGCAGGUAAGGAAUUCGGCCCAGAUCCACCGCGGCGGCGGGAUGUCGGUGCUGGUCACCGGCGCGGCCGGGUUCGUCGGCAGCCACGUCUCCCUGGCGCUCAAGAAGCGCGGCGACGGCGUCGUCGGGAUCGACAACUUCAACCACUACUACGACCCGUCCCUGAAGAAGGCGCGGAGAUCGAUGCUGGCGGAGCACGGGAUCUUCGUCGUCGCCGGCGACAUCAACGACGGGAAGCUCCUCGCGAAGCUGUUCGACGUCGUGGGCUUCACCCACGUGAUGCAUCUCGCGGCGCAGGCGGGUGUACGGUACGCGAUGGAGAAUCCCAAUUCGUACAUCCACUCCAACAUCGCCGGAUUGGUCACCCUCCUCGAGAUCUGCAAAUCGGCAGAAACCCAGCCGGCGGUGGUCUGGGCGUCGUCGAGCUCCGUCUACGGGCUGAACGAGAAAUCCCCCUUCUCCGAAUCGGACCGGACCGACCAGCCGGCGAGCCUCUACGCCGCGACGAAGAAGGCCGGAGAGGAAAUCACCCACACCUACAAUCACAUCUACGGCCUCUCCAUCACCGGAUUGAGAUUCUUCACGGUGUACGGUCCCUGGGGCCGACCCGACAUGGCGUACUUCUCCUUCACCAAGAACAUUUUGCAGGGGAAGCCGAUUACCGUCUACCGGGGCAAGAAUCGGGUCGAUUUGGCCCGGGAUUUCACCUACAUCGACGACGUCGUGAAGGGGUGUUUGGGCUCGCUGGACACCGCCGGGAGGAGUACCGGGUCGGGCGGGAAGAAGACGGGUCCGGCGCCGUACCGGAUCUUCAACCUCGGGAACACGUCGCCGGUGACGGUGCCGACGCUGGUGAGCAUACUGGAGAGGCAUCUGAAGGUGAAGGCGAAGAAGAAGGUGGUGGAGAUGCCCGGGAACGGUGACGUGCCGUUCACCCACGCGAACAUCAGCUCGGCCCGGCGAGAGUUCGGGUACCGGCCGACGACGGAUCUGCAGACCGGGUUGAAGAAGUUUGUUAAAUGGUAUCUCGCGUAUUACGGCCAUAAUCACGGGAAAGCUGUAAAUUGACCAAAGAAGACGAAUUUCUUCGGGAAUUAUAUUUUUUUUCUCCUUUUCUUUUUGUACUGUUAGGAGACUGAGAGAGAGAGUGAGAAAGGAAAGGUGAGGGGAAGAAAUGUCAAAAUGUGAAGAACAAACAAACCAAGAAACUUUGAGAUUUUUUUUUGUUUUUCAUUCAAGAAGUUGGCAAAAAUGGCACAUUGUGAAUUCUUUCCUUAAUGAAAAAUCAUCCUUUGAUUCAAUGAGUUUACAGGAAAAGUUUGAUUAUAGAGAAUCGUGUUAUUUACGGUAUUCUAAGAUCGAUUCAAUUAGGCAUUUUUUUAGGUGUACGUAUUGAGGUAUAGGACAAUAAGGAAGAUUUUUUACGGAAAUAUGAGACUGUGUUGUUGAAGGCAAAGCACAUACAACAUAAUUGAUUGGUCACAUGACACAACUUUGAGUUCCAGAGUUGGAAUUCGAUAUUGUUGUAUGUGCACUGACCAUCGAGGAACACGCUACUGAUCAGCAAAAUCAUGGUCCUAUUGAAUCGAAUUGGGUCAUUUCAUCUAACUCAAUUUUGAUGAACGAAAUCAACUCUUUUAUCGGAUGAAGUUUCUGUUUUCCGAGACUAUUCCAAUCUCAAAGGGCGAAGGGCAAAAACUUCUUCAUUCCCAUGACCGUGUGUUUUUGGCGACAAUGAAACUAUGUUUAUCACUAAAGCAUCUCAAAACUCAAUCGAAUUAAGAAAUUUGGAUCUAUCCUCCGUUCUCAAUUGAACCAACCGAUACAACGUGAUGAUGGGGAAAUACAAAGUUGUGGAUUGUUGGUUGGAAAUCAUCAUGGUACGGCGAAUUUAACCUGUACUGUGCUGAUGACUGUGACUGACGAGAUGCCCAAAAUGCCAAAGGAAAGGAGAAGGAGACAGCUAAGGAAGAAAAGGACACAAGCGUGAUAUACAGUUCGAGACAGAGAGAUAGACAGAUAAGGCAUUCAUUAACUAAUAAGGCCGUGGAUCAGAGGGCAGAGGAUUCAAUUCAUUCAUUCAUGCCAUCGAUUAUUAGUUGUAAAAGCUUCGCCGGGGAAUAAAUGAACAGUAAAUAGCAGUAAGCUGCCUGUGAUGUGGAUUGUCUGUCGAGCGAAUCAACGCAAGCGGGACGAUUGGUGAUUAGAAAUGACAAAAGGUCGGGUUGAGUCGGAUUUCUCUAAACUCAAACCCAGUUCAGAGUGCGCAGCCAUUAAAAAAUUCACAGUAAAGUACUCAUACGAGG